CCCAGAUUCCUUUUGGAUUUUUCCCCGGAUUUGAAGUACAUGCCCACGCUGGAGUGAUGGGCCUUGUGGUGACUCGGCCUUCAUCAUCGAAGGCCCGAACUCGCUCCUCGUGAAGGUUCACGCCAGACGUCCUUAAACAUAUAAGACACCACCGACCCAACAUCCUCAUCAACUCUCAUCAUUCGGUCAUUGCAAGAGCUCCUUUCUGAUACAUCUCGCGAGCGGAGGUUUUAUUCGAUCACGCUGCAAUUCACCUCAUCAUCCCCGAAAAUGUUCGGAUCAAAGAAAGAACAAACUGUUGGACAAGACACAGCAGGAGCCGAGCUUGCUAAGGUAUUGCCCAAUACUGAAGUUGCGUGGUAUCGUACAAAGCAUUUACUGCUACUCAAUUUGAUGCUCUUGGUGCCAUUGUUCUCCGCGUCUGCUGUAGGAUACGAUGGUUCCAUGAUGAACGGACUGCAAGCACUUCCCCAGUGGCGAAAUUAUUUUGACAAGCCUCGCCCAGCGCUACUUGGUGCGAUCAACGCCGUAUAUCCGUCAUCUAAAAUUAUUGGAUUGCCUUUGGUUGCUUGGGUCUCGGACAAAUGGGGACGCAAGUUGCCUCUCUGGAUCGGGCUUUGCAGUCUUGUGCUAGCCCCAGCGAUUCAAGCAGCUGCGUACAACUUGCCGAUGUUCAUCAUCGCAAGAUCCCUUAUCGGUUUCGCUACAGUCUUUAUUGCACUACCAAGUCCAAUUCUCAUUGCAGAGCUUGCCUACCCAACCCACCGUGGAAAGCUCACGGCAUUAUACAAUACGUUUUUCUUUGUUGGAGGCAUUUCUGCAGCUUGGAUAACCUAUGGGACAUUUCGUAUGCAUUCGACAAUGGCCUGGAGAAUCCCAUCGGUUUUUCAAGCCUUUUUCCCCUUCCUCCAGUUGCUAGGCAUUUACUGGGUCCCUGAAUCUCCACGUUGGCUUAUUGCUAAUGACAGAGCGGAAGAAGCUCGUGCAAUCCUUACGAAGCAUCAUGCAGCCGGUGUUGCGCACUCACCUCUCGUUGACUACGAAAUGGUCGAGAUCACCAAGGCGAUUGAGGAUGAGCGCAAUGCAGCCGCGAAAGCUGGUUUCGCGACACUCUUCCGGACGGCUGCAAACCGCAAGCGUACUUUUAUCGGUUUCACCCUCGGGUUCUUCAGCCAGUGGAAUGGCAUCAACGUUGUGAGCUACUACCUCACUCUUGUUCUCAACACUAUUGGCAUUACGGAAGCCAAAGACCAAACAUUGAUCAAUGGCUUGCUGCAAGUCUUCAAUUUCAUUGCCGCAGUUUUUGCCGGAGCCAUGAUGGUUGACCGCCUCGGUCGUCGCAAACUCCUCCUUAUCGGUACCGGCGGAUUGCUCUGCAGCUACAUUGCCUGGACUGGACUCACGGGCUACUUCUUUACCAGUCGAGAUGCUUUGGCUGGCCGUACUGUGGUUGCGUUUAUUUUCAUUGCUUAUUUCUUCUACGACAUCUCAUGGACUCCUCUGGCCAUGGCUUACACUGUCGAGAUCUUCCCAUUUACACUCCGCAGCCGAGGUUUGACCUGGACUCUCACGUGUUCCUACGCCGGAUUGAUCACAGCACAAAUGCUCAACCCAAUAGCCAUGGCUGCUCUUGGCUGGAAGUACUAUAUUUUGUUCUGUUGCAUCCUCGUCUACCUUGUGGUAGUGAUCUGGUUUAUGUUCCCUGAAACCAAGGGAAGGUCGCUGGAGCAGAUUGGCGAACUAUUCGAGGGGAAGACAAUUACCGUUGAGGCCGAUUACAUCUUGGCUAAGGGCCCAGUCGAAACUAUCGAGGAUCUAGAUCUAAUUGAAUCCGAUGCCGGAAGCAAGGCCGUGGGAAACCCUACCGUUUCCGUUCGUGCCCAACGGGUUUGAGGACUCGUACCGUAGCCCAUUGGCUUCUACUUCAGGCCCUGAACACUGAGCCAGGCCGUUCCGCAAAGACUUAGCUUAGUGUGUUAUAGGAGUGGAGGAACUAGAUCUAGUGCUGGUCAUAUUGUGAGCCCGGAAUCAUGUUGAGAAGUUGG